AGUACACUUAAGAAUGUAUCCUAGGGCUCAUUGGUAUUCAGUCUUGCCUCGGGAUGUUGCAAGUGACCGGCCAGGUCAUCUUCAGCAAUAGGCGGAGAUAGUCAGCAAUAGUCAGCAAUAGUCGGAGAAUAUAUGUUACCGUGCAAUCUACAAGUCUACCUUUGCCAACACAAUGUGCUUUUUCCCUUAUUUUAUCCACUAAACCUCAGCUCUCAUGGCUUGGCUUCGUUUCCGAAGAUUUCGGGGGCCCUUCCCUCUCCUCAGCUAGUACAGAAGUAAACAUGACGUACUACUGACGUGUGGUAUUCCGUCCUGCUGGAUCAGUUCUGUGCAGAGCCCUGAGGGAGGACAGUCUGGGCACGGCGGCUAGACAAUGUUGAUGAUAAGAUCUUUUGAUAAUAGGUAAGAUCUAUUGAUGAUAAGAUUUACUGAUGGUAGAUUAGAAUGCCCUUGCCGAGGCUGACACCGGGGGACAGAUUAGAACAACGACGCCACGGUGGGAGGACUUGUGCACAGGCGCUCCAAGAGAGAUUCGCCCAACUGCGUCCGACUCCAGUCACUGCACGAAAAGUCGGAUUUACCACAAAGAUCAAGAAGAUGUCCCAAGAGGUGACUCAGUGCCUGACAUACGUGAAUUAUGGCAUGCUGACGCUGUUUGGCUACUUCAGAGACUAUCUAAGGAAGAGUGGAUUGGAAACAACACAUUCAGCUAUAGAAAGGAAAAAGAUGAAGGAUUUUGUUCCCUUGUACCAGUCCUUUGAGAGUUUCGUCACCAGGAAUAUUUACAUGCGAAUCAGGGACUGUGGCAACAGGCCAAUUUGCAGUGUACCGUCUGCAGAGUUUGAUGUUUUAGAGAUGGUUAGCGAUGAUGGCAACUGGCACCUGAGGCUUACAGGCAAGUCAAGGCGAUGUGUGAAUGUGGCCUCCUACAACUACCUGGGGUUCGCAGAGAACACUGGUCCUUGUGCAGAUGCUGCAGCAAAGGCCUUGCAGCAGUAUGGAGCAGGAGUCUGCAGCACCAGACAGGAACUGGGACAUUACAGUAUCCAUGAGGAACUUGAGCAGACAACAGCCAGGUUCCUGGGCGUGGAGGAUGCUGUCACCUUCGGCAUGGGUUUUGCCACCAACUCCAUGAACAUUCCAGCCCUCAUGGGUGGGAAGGGAUGCCUUAUCCUGAGUGAUGAGAAAAACCAUGCAUCUCUUGUGCUGGGGGCUAGGCUGUGUAGUACUGUCAUCAAGGUCUUCAAACACAAUGAUAUGGAAGAUGUGGAAAGGAAACUGAGGGAAGCGAUCAUACACGGCCAGCCGCGGACACACCGUGCCUGGAGGAAGAUCCUGAUCAUAGUGGAGGGGAUCUACAGUAUGGAGGCCUCCAUCAUCAAACUGCCGGAUCUCAUCCGUCUCAAGAAGAAGUACGGAGCCUACCUGUACCUGGACGAGGCCCAUAGCAUCGGGGCCCUGGGGCAGACAGGCAGGGGGGUGACUGAGUACUGGGGUGUGGACCCUAGGGACGUGGACAUCAUGAUGGGGACAUUCACCAAGAGCUUUGCUGCAGCAGGGGGAUACAUAGGAGGAUCAAAGCGGUUGAUCAACUACCUCCGAGCGUACUCUCACAGCACCACAUAUGCCUGCUCCAUGGCAGCUCCUGUGGCACAACAGGUCAUCUCUUCCAUGAAGAUUAUUAUGGGUGAGGAUGGUACAAACAGAGGUCAACUUAGGAUCAAGCAGCUGGCAGCCAACACCAAGUACUUCCGGCAGCGACUAGUGGAGAUGGGGUUUAUUGUGUAUGGAAACGACGACUCGCCCAUCGUGCCUGUCAUCAUCUGCAUGCCUGCAAAAAUUGCAGCUUUUAGCCGGGAGCUUCACCAGCAGAAUGUGGGGGUACCGGUUGUGGGCUUCCCCGCCACUCGCCUUAUGGAGUCCCGAGCACGUUUCUGUCUGUCCGCUGCCCACACACGAGAAAUGUUAGACAAGGUUCUGGAUGCCAUCAGUGAUGUAGGAGACCGUCUGCAGCUGAAGUACUCCCUCAACCCUACAACAAAGGCAGCGUCUGCUGAGGAGUGCUACAAGCAGGUGGACAGCCUGGCACACGAGGAGUGAUGCCCUGACUGGUCACGGACAUUUAGUACAAUGUGCUUGUCUGAAGCAGUCUUAAGGAAAAGAUGCAGUUUGUUAGUUGCAGACACGGUGUUAAUGCAGCUUAGCUACAUGUUUUGGAGGGAAACACCUAAAAAGUUUUUAAAAAUGCAGCACAAGAAUCUCCACCAAUACUGAACUCCAUCACUUUGUGCACCAUUUACUAUUACAUGUACUGAACAGUUGAUGACAGGAACAAUAACAAUGUUAUGCGUUUAGAGUCAAAACUUAAGAUCCAACACAAAAAAAGUUCUCUCACCUAGACCUU